CACAGGAUCAUCUUUGGAAGUUUUCAUUAGCACGCCAGGUGUAAUUUGUCGCCUUGACACAUCAUGGUGCGUUGCAACCCACCCAGCCUCGCAGAUCCGCUCGUUCCUGCAUUGACGAUCCAUGCAGGCUGCACGCGAAAAGCCGGAGAUAGGCUGGUGAGGCCUGCUCAAGCCGCCAAACAGCGGCAUCGCCCCUCCAAAGGAUGACACGAACAAGCGCUGCGCCUCGCUUGAUUGGACAGCCUCAACUAGAAACAGCGCGGGCAUUGGUCGAAUCCAGGGCAGAUGUCGCAUGCUGACAGAUGGCGUUACGGGAUUAAAGAGUCUGUGUGUCUUUGCGUGCAGGAAGCAGCUCGAGGUCUCAAGUACUCGGUAAUGAACAGGGAGACCGUGGUCAACCGGAGUCGGUGGUCGUGGGAUAUAAAGGGACACAGUCUUCUGCGAACUCGAACACAUUGGCAGGACUGAGAACACCACUGACGGCGUCCCUGCAAUUUCAGAGUCUCGCACCACACCUACAGAGCAUUCUUUCGGUUGAACGCCAUGGCAUUCGGCUUCGAGACAACCGGCGAUGAAAUAGUCGACACUUUCAAGGACCAAGUCAAAGGCAAGACCUGUAAGUCCUAGUGUCCCCCAGACUUCGGGUGGAAUACCUGCUCACGGAUUCCAUGGUUAGUCCUGAUCACCGGUCCAACUCCAGGAGGAAUCGGCGCCGAAUCAGCGCUCUGUCUGGCGCGAGCGAGCCCCAAACACUUGAUCCUCGCGGGCCGCUCAGGGCAGAAGAUCCAACCCCUCAUCGACCAAGUCCACGAGAUCGAUCCAAGCGUGAAAACCAGCUUCAUCCAGCUCGACCUCGGGAGCCAGAAGUCCGUGCGGCAAGCGGCCGAGGAUGUCAAGACACUCCUCGCCGCGGACAAGAUAGACUGUGUGAUGCUCAACGCCGCGAUCAUGGGGCCGCCAUACGGCCUGACGGACGACGGCAUCGAGACGCAGUUCGGGACCAACCACCUGGGCCACUUCCUCCUGGGCAAUCUCCUCCUGAAGAACGACCUGAUCCGGUCCCGCCUCGUCAUCGUCAGCAGCUCGGCCUCGGAGCGCAGCGCAGAGUACGCCCUCCAGCCCCUGCGCGACGUGUCCUACGACCACGGCCGCGUCUACGACCCGAUGCAAGCGUACACCUUCUCCAAGGCGUGCGGGAUCCUCUACGGGAAGCGGCUUGCGAGACUCCUCCUCCCGAACCACAAGGACAUGGCCGUCUUCAGCCUGAACCCGGGGAGCAUCCGCACGAACCUCCAGGGCUACAUGACCGGCGACGUGCGCGACAGAGCCAUCGCAGUCGCCCGGCGGUAUAACCCCGACUUCAAGGUCCCCGAGCCCAAAACCCUGCAGCAGGGCUGCGCAACUCAGCUGCGUGCUGCGCUGGACCCGGCACUGGCGGCCCACUCGGGCGCCUAUCUUGACGACUGCCAGGUGACGAAAGUGGGCGUCCACGAGGGUCAUGACAGAUACAUCGACGAGGUUUGGGAGCUCAGUGAACGGCUUGUAGGGGAGAAGUUCCAGUUCUAGGUCGGGCUCCCCCCCGGCUGGGCUGGAAUGGGAUUCCCACAUCGUCUGCCUCUUCGUCCUCCUACAGGGUGUUACUCGGGUAAACAUGCCCGGGCGACUUAUAAGCUGGCGGCAGGCAACAUCAGUCAACUUCGGUCGCUUGUAUGCCAAGAUGCCAGGCAAGUGUGAGGUGUGGAACAAUAAGACCGAUUCAAUCAACUUGGGUCAAACCUGUGUGGCUUACGCAAGCUCAAAGUCGAGAAGUCACACACGUUGGAGGCAAGUUGAUGGAGUGAGUCCUUGUUACAGACUGUCACAAUGUGUAUUUCCAUCGGCAUUUUGCUCAUUCAGAUUCAUUCUGGGGUCAUUGACCGGUUUUGACCACGCGAGUGGUCUCUGGACUAAACUAAUACUCUUUGAACAUCCUCAUCGCUUAAAGAAAUACGCGUUAUUCCCUCGCUCAGGGUCCCUCAUGCAUCUCUCCCCUAAGUGAAUUCUACCGACCAAGAAUAUAGCCCACAUUCCACUCUGCUUAUUCCUACACCGUAGAGAAAGGCAGAAAGGGGACUCCUGCAAGGAGCUCUGGUCGCAAGACAUGAACAUGAUAGCUACUUCCAUCAACGCCACUGCUGGAGCCAAGAAGAGAUUUCGACAAUAUGCCCGACAAUCGGGCGGGAACAGACAGAAUACAGGUUGAGAGCCGGGCAGCCUCAUCGAGUUGGUGUCCGAUGAGGUGCUGACAUUGGCCCAAGAUGUUUCGAGGGUAGGUGUGGCGUGGAGUUGGCUUUUGU